CGAGCGACACGGCGUAUCGACCGGGUCCUGAUGCCCAUCCUCGCUCUCACCGUGAUGCUGCAGUUCCAGGACAAGUUCUCCCUUGGCUACACCCUAGUCAUGGGCAUGACCAAGGACAUUGGCAUGUCUCGCGCCCAGUAUUCGUGGGCUGGCUCCAUCUUCUACUUUGGCUACCUUUCUUGCCAGCCCGUGGCCGCCCUGCUGCUGCAGCGAUUUUCCGUCAUUCGCUAUCUCUACAUCAACUGCUUCGUCUGGGGCGUCAUUAUGUGCUGUCAUGCGGCCGUACAGGGUCCUCAGUCCAUGCUGACACUCCGCUUCCUCCUCGGCUUCUUCGAGGGCGGUCUCAUCCCCUGCACGACACUGCUCACGGCCAACUUCUACGCAAAGCACCAGAUCGUGGCACGCUCCGCCAUCCUCCAGUGCAUGAACGGCGUCUCGAUCCUGUUUGGUGCUCCGAUGGCCUAUGGUCUGCUCAAGAACGGCGGCCUCGUCAUCGAGUCGUGGCGCGUCAUGUUUCUCAUCCUCGGGGCCGUCACCGUGGUCUUGAGCCUGCUCAUCGCACUCGUCCUCGCCCCGUCGCCGAAAGAGGCACGCUUCCUGCUUGCCGACGAGCGCACUGCCCUCGACGACAUGCUGAAGCAAACUAGCGUCGAUGCGACCCAAGGCAAGGGCGACGCGCGCCAGCAGGUAGUCGAGGCCCUGACCGAUGUCCGCCUCUACCUCAUGUGGCUCCUGCCGUUUGCCGUAUCCAUCACCAACGGCGGCAUCACCGUCUUCAACACGGCCUUGAUCCAGUCGUUUGGCUUUAGCUCGGCGCAGUCGAUCCUGCUGACGAUGCCCUCGGGUGCGAUCCAGGUCAUCAGCGUCUUCAUCUACGUCGGCCUCUUCCGUUUGACGGGCACACGAGCAGCGGGCGCCAUUACGUGCCUCGUGCUCAGUGUCAUUGGCGGCGGACUCGUCGUGGGUGGCGUGGGUAAUCAAGCGGCAAGCAUGACGGGCAUUCUCAUGGUUGUCUUUUACGUCCAGUCGCUGGCCUGCUGUGUUGCCUACAUUGCUACCAACGUCGGGGGCCACACGAAGCGCGUCGUUUUUGCCACCUCAUUCCAGGUCGCCUAUGCCGCUGGCAACAUCGUCGGCCCGCAGACGUACCGGCCCAAAGAUGCACCCAAGUAUGUCCCCGCCCAGAUUGCCAUCCUUGUCACCCUAUCGAGCGCGCUGGCCCUGUUGGUCGCCAUUACUUUUUUCCACUGGCUCUGGAAUCGGCAGCGGGAUUCGCGAGGGGAU